AGACAGAACCGGGUGUGAGAGAGAAUGGUACAAAGCUGGGAACCAAGAGAGCCUGAAAAGUCCCCCAGGUACGUGCAGCCUGGGUGGGCCUGCCCUCCCGCCUGUGAGGUAGGAAGUCAGGUCUGUAAUUUGAAGCUGGCUGAGGAAACAGAAAGUGCCUGUGGGGAUACACAGGUACAUUCUUCCUCCAGGGUUAAGGAGCUGAAGUGCUUUAGCAGAGGGAAGCACGAUGUAAUUGCUUAUCUGUGACAAGCAGGUUUGAAAAAGCGUGCUUGUGGGGGCUGAAGAGAUCUUGGGCCGGUCAGCAUUCUAUCCAUUCCCUACAGCACCCCCUGCCCUCCUCUCCUCCCGCCCCAAGAUGCUGAUCCUCCUCCGGAGUCAACCGAGACUCAGUGGUGACUUCAAGUCUUUUAUUUGCUUUUUGUGUCUUGGAAGGGCGUGGGUGGGGAGGUAGGGUGAGGAUAGGCGGUCUAUAGAGAUUACACCAGUUGGGCCUUUUGCAGAAACCUAGCAGGAGAAUCAGAAAUGCACCCCCCCCCCCUUUUAGCAUUUCUCAACCCUCGCCUGAGGCAGUUGCCCUAGGACAGAACCCUUCCAGGCCGAGCAGUCCCAGACACGUCUUGAGCCGGUCCCAGGUCUUAGAAAAUUUUACAUCACGGCCUCAUACCGGUGGUUCUGGUUUUUCAAGCGUGGAUGGAUCAGAGAGAACCCCGGACCCAUCCCUCCCACACCGUCUUCACUAUAUGCUCUGGUUUUUAUUGAGAGUCAGGUUUAGACUGAGCAAAAACCCUGAGUACAGGCAGAGGCUCAGGCAUGCUCAGAAAUCCUGGAAACUUAUUUAACUGUUAAGUAAAAGCCCUGACGGGUAAAGGCCAUCCCGGGGCACUCGGGGUGCGCGCAGGGGUCACGGGUAGGCCGAGUGGUGCCAGCGCGCCCGCAGCGCGGAAGUCUGGCAGCAGUAACAGGGUCGGUAUCGCCAGCAGCCUGCAGGGACCUGAGGAGCAGAUUGUUGGGGUCACUCAGAGUUGAAAGACUGGUGGCAAUCCGGAGGUGGGAGCAUGCCAGGGCUGUGGGGGCAGAGGCUUCCUUCGGCGUGGGCUUUGCUCCUUCUGCCCUUCUUGCGACUGCUGAUGCCGGCAGCCUCCGCACCCCACGGCGGGUCCUACAAGCCGGUGAUCGUGGUGCACGGGCUCUUUGACAGUUCAUACAGCUUCCGCCACCUGCUGGACUACAUCAACGAGACACACCCCGGGACUGUGGUGACAGUGCUUGAUCUCUUCGAUGGCAGAGAGAGCUUGCGGCCCUUGUGGGAACAGGUGCAAGGGUUCCGAGAGGCUGUGGCCCCCAUCAUGGAAAAGGCCCCUGAAGGGGUGCAUCUCAUCUGCUACUCCCAGGGGGGCCUCGUGUGCCGAGCUUUGCUGUGCGUCAUGGAUGAGCACAAUGUGGAUUCUUUCAUCUCCCUCUCUUCUCCACAGAUGGGACAGUAUGGAGACACAGACUAUCUGAAGUGGCUGUUUCCUACAUCAAUGCGGUCUAACCUCUAUCGGGUCUGCUAUAGUCCUUGGGGCCAAGAAUUUUCCAUCUGCAACUACUGGCAUGAUCCUCACCAUGACGACUUGUACCUCAAUGCCAGCAGCUUCCUGGCCCUCAUCAAUGGGGAAAGAGACCAUCCCAAUGCCACUGCGUGGCGGAAGAACUUUCUCCGAGUGGGCCGCCUGGUGCUGAUUGGGGGUCCUGACGACGGAGUCAUCACUCCCUGGCAAUCUAGCUUCUUUGGUUUCUAUGACGCCAAUGAGACGGUCCUGGAGAUGGAGGAGCAGCCGGUUUAUCUGCGAGACUCCUUUGGGUUGAAGUCUCUCUUGGCCCGGGGGGCCAUAGUGAGGUGCCCGGUGGCUGGGAUCUCUCAUACCACCUGGCACUCCAAUCGCACUCUCUAUGAUAAUUGCAUUGAACCAUGGCUCUCCUGAAGAUGUCCUCAGGGAUUCCCCAGCCCAGAGACCAAGUGGUGGCCUUGGGAAGCAGAUGCCAGGCUCUGGCACGCCUGUGACCGCCUCAUCGCUCCCACACUGCCCCACCCACCCCACCAGGGCUCCCUGAAUCCUCCCCUCUGCUCCUCUGUGAAUGACAGGUCCUGGUCCCCUACCUCAUGUCCUCACUUGGGGACGGCCCCAUGCGCUCCCUUUCUCCCAGGGCUGAGGUUGGGAUGUGAGCACCAGGUUUCUAACUGGCUUCACUGUUCACUGCUGCUCCUCCUCCGGGUCUGGCUGUACCGGAGGAGAACCCAGCCCCUGCCCAUCACAGGGGUCUCCUUCCAGGCCACUCAGGACAUUUUUAGCUUCUCUUAUCCCCAUGUUCCCUUUUUCUCAACUUCCCUGUCGCCAGCUUCCCCGCCAAGAGGGAUACCCGAAAGAGGGGUUCUGCGGUUCCCCUAUGGGGACAGUUCCACUUCUGAAGUGUCAGUGUUGGGGAAUAUCUGUGGCCUGCAAGGCCCGUCUCAGGUUUGGGGAUCCCCAGUCCCUAUGAUCAGUGUUGGGGUACCCCUGGGAGCCUAGGUUUUUUGAGGCCCCAGCCCCUCUUUUAACUACCCUUGAGCGGGUGUUCUCUGUAUUUAUAGAAAUAAAGUUCCAUUUCCUCAG